GUCAUCAUUAUCGUGGUGAUGACAGUGAUGGUGGUGGUGAUCAUCUGCCUGCUCAACCACUACAAGCUCUCUACCUGGUCUUUCAUUACACGGCAGAGCCAGGCCCGCAGGCACGACCAUGCCCUGCAGCAGGAUGGGUGUCUGUGGCCUUCAGACAGCAGCUCGAGACAAGGUGCCUCGGAGGUAUUAUACGCUCCCCAGGCCAGGGAUCGCUUCACUGCACCCUCCUUCAUGCAGCGUGACCGCUUCAGCCGCUUCCAGCCCACCUAUCCCUACCUGCAGCACCAGAUUGACCUGCCGCCCACCAUAUCGCUGUCGGAUGGCGAGGAGCCCCCGCCAUAUCAGGGGCCCUGCACCCUGCAGCUCCGCGACCCCGAGCAGCAGAUGGAGCUCAACCGUGAGUCGGUGAGGGCGCCACCCAACCGGACCAUCUACGACAGUGACUUGAUCGACAUGGGAGGAGGUGGGAGUCUGGGAGGAGUGGGGGGAGGAGGUGGAGGCAUGGGAGUAGGCGGUCCGAGGCCGCCUAGCAGUAACUCGGGCAUCAGCGCGGCCAACUCCAGUAACCACGGGCGCAUGGAGGGCCCCCCACCGGCGUACAGCGAGGUGAUGGGCCACUACCCCGGCUCUGCGUUCUUUCUACACCAGCACAGCAAUAACCAGAGGGUGGGGGGUUCGGGGGGGCCGGGGAGCAGGACGAUCCAGCAGCAGAGCCAAUCAGAAAGCACAAUAGUACCUACCAAGGCCAAGGAAGGCCAGCCGGAGGACCUGGUGUGA